UUUUAAGUUUGUAACAUGAUUUUUCUUUUUUACAAUAUUCUGUCUUAUUCUAUUUACAGCUUUGACUUAAAACACUUUUCUCUCUCACACAUUCCUCUCAGUAUAGAUCACAUGUACUGUGUGUCUGUCCGUUUCACACUGGGAUCAAUCCUCUGUUCGAUCCUCCUCCUCCAACAGAGCAUCUCCGCCGCCUCACCUCUUUCCACACACUAAAAAUGGCAGUGAGCAACAACCUCACAGCUUUACUCAACUUCGUCGCACUGAUGUGCUCAAUCCCCAUCAUCUCCGCCGGAAUAUGGCUCGCCUCCAAGCCCGACAACGACUGCAUCCGUUGGCUCCGGUGGCCCCUCGUCUUCAUCGGACUCGCCUUCCUGCUCGUGACCCUCACCGGAUUCGUCGGCGCGUACUGGAAGAAGGAGGGACUUCUCGGCGUCUACCUUGUCUGCAUGUUCAUCCUCAUCGUGCUUCUCCUCGUCGUCCUCGUGCUCGCCUUCGUCGUCACGCGCCCCAACGGCGCGUACGCAUCCCCCGGGAUGGGGUUCCACGAGUACAGGCUGGAGGGUUUCUCUUCUUGGCUGAGGGACCACGUCACCAGCAGCGACAACUGGGGCGGUAUAAGGGCCUGUUUGGCUGACUCACAAACUUGUCCUAAGCUUAAUCAGAGAUUUAUUUCUGCUGCUGAUUUCUUCGCUGCCCAUCUCUCUCCUGUUCAGUCGGGUUGCUGCAAGCCUCCGAUGAUAUGCGGGCUCCAGUACUCAAGCCCGACAACAUGGGUCGGGCCGCCCAACGCAGCAGUAGAUCCAGAUUGUGUUAUAUGGAACAACGAUCCGAGCCAACUCUGCUACAACUGCAAUUCUUGCAAAGCGGGCUUGCUCGGGAAUUUACGGCACGAGUGGAGGAAAGUGAAUGUGGUGCUAAUAGUGACGGUUGUGGUUUUGAUAUGGGUUUAUCUCAUAGCUUGCAGUGCUUACAAGAACGCCCAAACGGAGGAACUUUUCCGUAAAUACAAACAAGGAUGGGCUUAAAAUAAUAAUAAUCGUAAGCAUUAAUAAGCGAACGCUUUAUUUCGACUUUUUCUUUUUUUCCGGCAACUUUUCGUGACGUUUUAUUGGCUUUGUAUAUAUUCUUUUGCUUGUAGUUUUGUGCUUUCGCUUUUUGAGUUAUGGUAUUUGGAGUUCAUGUUCUUGAUCUUUUGUGUUAGAAUGGAAUGAGAAUAUUAUUUUUGAACUCUUUAUGUUA